GGCUUUUUCCACAUAUUUCAAGGAACGAUGGACUCUGUGACAGAGCAAUAAACGCUCCUAAUGAGUCUGAGUCACCCGAGUCCUGGCAACAGAUUCUCUCGGGCGGACCACAUAAAGGACCACCUACAUCAGCGGAAGACCAGCGAAUUAGCGGAAAUACGCUGAAAGCUCCAAAGCGGAGAAAGUUACCGGCGGAUCAGAAGUUGUUGUUAAAGUCGCGCUCAGAGAUUGUGAAGCCAGGUUAAAACGCAGCCAUGGACGGGGACGCUCAGAGAUCAUCUUAUUCUGCAUGGACUGAGUGUUGGGCAGUAAGACGGAUCCGCCAGUUGGUUCCGUUGGGUUUCAAGGAUGAAAUUAAAGAGCUGUCCAAGCUGUCCGCACCCGUGGUGAUAGCGCAGUUCAUGGGUUAUGCUGUGAAUUUUGUCAGCACAGUGUUCUGUGGCCAUCUGGGGAAGACAGAGCUGGCAGGAGUGUCUUUGGCCAUAUCUGUGAUUAAUGUCACAGGUGUAUCCAUUGGCUUUGGGUUGGCAUCAGCAUGUGAUACGCUGAUCUCUCAGACCUAUGGGAGUGGUAACUUUCUGAGAGUUGGAAUUAUUCUGCAGCGUUCGAUCCUCAUUCUGUUACUGGCUUGUUUCCCCUGCUGGGCAAUCCUCAUCAACACAGAGCCCAUUCUUUUGGCUUUCAGACAGAAGCCAGAAGUAGCCAGUUUGGCGCAGAUGUAUGUAAAGAUCUUCAUGCCGGCUCUUCCAGCUGCUUUCAUGUUUACCUUAGAAUCAAGAUAUCUACAAAACCAGGGCAUCAUUUGGCCAGAGGUCAUCACAGGGUUGAUUGUUAAUCUGCUCAACGCCCUCAUCAACUACAUUGUGCUUUUUGUAUUAAAAAUGGGGGUAUGGGGCUCUGCUAUUGCCAACACUUUGUCUGUGUUUUCCUUGGCUGGUUUCCUUUACGCUUAUAUCAUUUGGAAAGGUCUUCACAAGACAACCUGGGGGGGCUGGUCCAAAGAGUGCCUCUGUGAUUGGAAAUCUUACAUCUACUUGGCUAUUCCUGGAAUGGUCAUGAUGUGUAUUGAGUGGUGGACAUUUGAGAUUGGAGUUUUUCUGGCAGGUCUAAUAAGUGAGGUUGAACUUGGAACGCAGUCAGUUGUAUUCCAACUUUCAAAUAUUGCCUACAUGUUUCCUUUGGGUUUCAGCAUUGCAGGCAAUGUGAGAGUUGGAAAUGCUUUGGGAGCAGGAGAAACCGAGCAGGCUAAGCUGUCUGCAAAAACAACAAUGUUCUGUGCAGGGUUAAUGUCUAUUUGCUUGGCAGUGCUCAUUGGGAGCCUGAAGGAUCAUAUUUCUUACAUCUUUACAUAUGAUGAGCAAAUUAGGGAAAGAGUUGCAGAAAUUAUCUCUUUUUACGCUCCGUUCAUCUUCCUGGAUGCCUUAUCGGCUGCCUGUGGGGGUAUUAUAAGAGGAGCAGGUAAACAGAGAGUUGGUGCUAUUUGCUACUUCUUGGGAUAUUAUGGCAUCGGUUUCCCAAUUGGAAUCCCCCUGAUGUUUGCAGCCAAACAAGGAAUCAAGGGUCUAUGGACUGGCUUGUUUACCUGUGUAUCACUUCAGUGCACAUUCCUGAUUUUCUAUCUGUUCAGGAUGAACUGGAAGUCAGCUACAACAGAGGCUCAGAUCAGAGCCGGGGUGAUUGAGAGCUCCUCAGACACAAGUCCCCACCCAGAAGAUGCAGGGAACCCAACAGACACUAGAAAUCUAGUUGAUGCUGAAGAGGUUUCUGCAGUAACAACCCUGGAAGUCCAGCUCUCCUAUAGGAGCCUGGUUCUGCGAAGAGGUUUCGCUCUGGCUGGCAUGCUAUUGAUCCUGGCUACUGGAAUUAUUAUAAACCUGCUUGUCACUAACUUUGUUACUUGAUUAUGAGUAAAGUCUAUUGAAUUCAGGGAGCAAAGUUCUUAGCCACAACUGCAAAGCAAAAUGUAGAUGUUUGCACUGCAGGACACAGCCGGACAUGAGAAAGCACACAUCAAGAUAAGCAGGUAGCAAGAAGAAAAAAGAAAGAGCAAUAUAACAUAAUAAGGGUUUAAUUUCCAAAAGCAAGAUUAUUCUCUGUAAUGACAAGAAUUAUCUCUGAUUAUUAUCUGGAUCUUUACAGUCACACACUGUCAGAGAGAACUGAGUCAAGCUGAAGACAGUUCAACAACAAUAAAGAAAAACAUUGUGGUCA